AACAUGUAAUGCAGUUUUCAGUUUAUUAAUCGCAUUUCGUGAAUUAAAAUGACAUUUUUUGUACAGUUUCCCUUCUUUUUAACACAUUAUUUCAUCAAAAUGUUUUGGGUAAGAUGAUAACCAAAAGCGAACGUAUCUCAGUCCUGAUCUGGUCUGGACAUCUGGGCUGAAAUACAGUAGCCUAUGGUUUUUAGUCAGGGACAGAGGGAGGGAGAGUAAGUGUUACGUUAAUGGCGGUUGAUGCCCUCCCCUCGCCAAAUCUCCGCUGAGAUGGUGACGCUCCUUCAAAACUCCAAUCUCACGGCGGCGGGUGCAGACUGCUUGAGUCAUCUGAAGGCUCAUAACUUUACCAAAUCGUUUAUAGCCUAUUUGCAAAUGAGCUCAAUGGCUGCUCUAGUCAGUAGAAAAAGCACAAUAUAGAUGUAGUUGGAAACAGGAAAAGAAAAAGAGGAACACAAAACAAUGUUUUACACAUAAGACGUGAUCGCUGUGAGAGUUACGCAUUAUAUGUGCGCACUGCUGGUGCCAGACGCGCGUUUCCAGCCCGCGCUGGUGAUGCGAUGCCCCGCAACCACAGCGGUGAUGAGGGCGGUACUGGUCUCUGGAUGAGGACCUCUCAGCAUUAUGGAAUGAAAGAUGUUGAAGCCGGUCGUGGGACGAUGAACAACGCGACCAAGACAGUCGACAGUUCGCUGUCGGCGCCCGGCACAACAGGUGCAGGAGGCUUGGAGAACCAGAGGAGUAAGCAGGGUGCCCGGCUGAGCCUGCUCGGGAAACCGCUCACCUACAGCGCGCAAAGCGGCCGGAGAAACGCACGCUACAGGAAGCUCCAGAACUACCUCUACAAUGUCUUGGAGCGACCGCGUGCCUGGGCAUUCGUCUACCAUGCUUUUGUGUUCACCUUGGUGUUUGGCUGUCUGGUUAUGUCUGUGUUCUCUACCAUCCCUGCUCACAUGGAGCUCUCCAAUCACUGUCUCUUUAUACUGGAGUUUGUGAUGAUUGUUGUGUUCGGUCUGGAGUACAUCAUUCGCAUCUGGUCGGCCGGAUGCUGCUGUCGCUACAGGGGAUGGCAGGGACGACUGCGCUUCGCAAGAAAACCGUUCUGUGUCAUUGAUAUUAUUGUACUCAUUGCAUCCAUCGCUGUGGUUUCGGCUGGUAGCCAGGGCAAUAUAUUUGCCACGUCUGCACUUCGCAGUCUGCGUUUUUUACAGAUCCUGCGCAUGGUGCGCAUGGACAGGCGAGGCGGCACCUGGAAACUGUUGGGAUCUGUUGUCUACGCUCACAGCAAGGAGCUUGUGACCGCCUGGUACAUUGGCUUUCUGGUCCUGAUCUUUUCUUCAUUCCUCGUCUACUUGGUGGAGAAAGAAAUCAAUAAACAGUUUGCCACCUACGCUGAUGCUCUUUGGUGGGGUACGAUCACCCUAACAACCAUUGGAUAUGGGGAUAAGACUCCACAAACCUGGACAGGGAGGCUUCUUUCUGCUGGGUUUGCCUUGCUGGGCAUCUCCUUCUUUGCUUUGCCUGCUGGUAUUCUUGGCUCUGGCUUUGCUCUGAAGGUUCAAGAGCAGCAUAGACAGAAGCACUUUGAGAAGAGGAGAAACCCAGCGGCAAGCCUGAUACAGUGUGUGUGGCGUAGCUAUGCGGCUGAUGAGAACUCGGUUUCCAUUGCUACCUGGAAGCCUCAUUUGAAGGCGUUGCAUACCUGCAGCCCUGCAAAGAAAGACCAGGGAGAAACCAUCAGCAGUAAGGGUCAUAGUAAUAGACAGAGGCUCUUCAGGAGGUAUUCCACACGGAUAUAUAGCCAAAAGCUAAGUUUUCGGGAGCGUGUGCGCAUGGCCAGUCCUCGUGGUCAGAGCUUAAAGAGCAGGCAGAUGUCAGUGAAUGACCGCCGCUCUCCUGGUACAGAGGUGGGCGUGGAGGGCAGCAGCCCUGCCAAAGUCCAGAAGAGCUGGAGCUUUAAUGACCGAACUCGUUUUCGCCCAUCCCUCAGACUAAAGAGCCAAUCGCGCACAACAACUGAAGCUGAUACCAGUCUUGGUGCAGAUGAUGCUUUCGAUGAGAAAGGAUGUCACUGCGAUGUGACUGUUGAAGAUCUGUCUGCUCCGCUUAAAGCAGUCAUCAGGGCCAUCAGGAUAAUGAAAUUUCAUGUGGCCAAGAAGAAAUUUAAGGAGACUCUACGACCGUAUGAUGUGAAAGAUGUGAUUGAGCAAUACUCUGCUGGUCACCUGGAUAUGUUGUGUCGUAUCAAGAGUCUCCAGACUAGGUUGGACACUAUUGUUGGUCCACAUACCCUGAGCAGCAAAGCCAAGACCUAUUCUUCUCCCUCCCUGCCCUUGUAUUACAGCCAGGCCAAGAGAAAACAAUCUGCCUCAGGCCUAGCUACAGCCAUGGGUCCACAUCCGACACUGAGCACCAAAGCCAGGAACCUUUCCUCUCCCUCUCUACACUUGUAUUACAGCCAAAGCAAGAAGAAGAACUCUGGGGUGGAUCAGAUACUGGGAAAAGGCCAGAUAUCUGUAGAUAGGAAAGGCAGAGAGAAAAUCCUCCCAGAAGGCGAAUCUCUGGAGCAUGACAUGAGCAUGCUAGGCCGUGUCUGCAAAGUAGAGAGACAAGUGCAAUCCAUUGAGUCAAAGCUGGACUCAUUGCUGGAUAUAUACCGACAGGUGUUGCAGAAAGGAUCCUCUUCAAUGCUAGGGCUAUCUGCCUUACCGCUCUUUGAGCUGGAUCAAACCUCUGACUACCAAAGCUCUAUCCAUAGUAAAGACUUAUCGUCCUCUUCUCAACUCGCUGCUAACGGUGUAUCUCGCUCUGGCAGCAGUAACCUGCACCGUGGCCUGCAUCUUGCCCUAGCCCCCAAUGAACUCAAUAUGGGUACUGCCUACACACCUACCAUCUCCUCCUUUUCACCUUCUCCUCUACUGAACAAUCAACCCUCCAGCCCUGACUGUUUCUACCCAUCUUCCCCACCUCCUAUCCUCACCCCCAACAACCUUUCCAGAAGCCACCAGCGCUUCGCUGAACUGACCAGGCCUGUACCAACCGUCCAUUCCAACUCAACAACCCUUCAGCUCCCCCCUAUGGUGCGAGCGUCUCAAUGCCGGCCUACUAGCCUUAUCCCAGAAACGUUACAGGAGAGCAGGGCAGAGUGCUCAAACCCGUGCCUGCUGAGUCCCGAAACCGAGGUGCAAAUGGACACAAAAGCCGAAAAUAUUGAAAGCACGGUACAGCUGAGGGACAAGCCAGAGCGCAGCUCCAAGGAAGAAGGGUCCUGGAGGAGACAUUUAAGCAUCGAUAUCGAUCCUUUGGGACUCAUGUCUUCCACAGCAACUGCUUCGCUAGAAGUGGAGCGUGGGCUUGGUAAGUCUCUCUCUGCUCAGAACCUUAUGCUACCAUCUGCAGCGGACUGCCAUCCCAGCCUGUCCACUCGGAGUAGCGGCAGCAGCAACAAUGAGUCCAGCGACCGGGAGCCGCUGGCCGACUGGGGGGAUACAGAGCUAUUCCUCAAUGAUAAAGAGUUGGAGACCAUGGAGGGUGAGAACUACCUCCUACACCACCAAUAAAGUACCGACACAACCUUCUCUUCUGAGCUGCUAUGGACUGGAGCCAGUGGGCCAUAUCCCACUCAGUCAGAGAUAGCCCAAUAACUUGCCUCACGUAUGCUUAGAAUAAGCCCGGAGGCACUUCACUGUGGAGAAUGGACACAACCUCAUGUCCCCUGUGUGCUUUUUUCCAAAGGAAAUGGAGUGUCCAAUACACUCCACAUCUUUUUUAAAUUUCACAAAAAAUGACACGUUAUGUUUGUACGUACAUAUCAAUGCAUGGGCAAUUUGGGAAAAUAAAGAGAAUUUCUAUGCGUGGAAAACUAAGGGGGAAGAAGCAUUUAAAGGUUAUGGUACUAUGAGCGCUUCUUUCCGACUUGCAUGGGAACGGCAUGUUUAAAAUCCAACAGCAAAUAGGUUUGAAAGUGUGUAUGCACCUAUAGUAAUAAGCUCUUGGUCAGCAUCAUUUUUUUACUUCUGAAUGUUUUGCAGUUCACUCAUUUGCAUCUGUUAAGAUUUUUGGAAAGAAUAACAGAAAACCAGAUGUUCUUUUCCAAAACAUGUUCGGCCGUGAUACUAUGCAAACCUCAGCGGAUCACCAGGGUUUGCAAGAAAAACUUCAGAUAAAUAACCCAGACCAAAUGCAUCUUCACACUGUAGCCUACACAGAGUUCAUGUUUUCUUAAUUUAACUAUAAGCUGUUGUAAGAGUUUAGUAACUGAAAACAGCUGAUUAGAAACAAUUUGGCUUAGAGAAGGACACAGAUUUCAGAGUUUCCUAAUUCCAAAAAUGUUACGUUGACAUUGUGGCUGCUAUAGACGGUUUCGUCGGACGCACGUGCGGUGAUGCGAUUACGCGUCUAAGUGGAACUUUACUUCCGGUCUCUGUUUGUUUAAAGGCCUGACUAGUUGCUAAACUGAACUCUUGAACAAAUACCUCGUCGAAAAUAACAAAUUGGUUUCCUAAGAUGAGGGAAGACGGCGAUCAUUUAUUGCUAUUUAAAGGUGCAAUGUGUAAAUUUUAGCGGCAUCUAGUGGUGAGGUUGCGAAUUGCAACCAACGGCUCUGUCCACUGCUCACCCCUCACUUUUAAAACACAUAGAGAGGCUACGGUAGCAGCCACCAGACAAACAUGUCAUCGUCGGAGACAACUUAGUAAAAAAAUUUUGUCUGUUAAGGGCUUCUGUAGAAACAUGGCGGCACAAAAUGGUGACUUCCAUGUAAGGGGACCCUCGUGUAUGUAGAUAAAAAUGACUCGUAAUAAAAACAUAACGAAAGGUCUUUAUACACCCCUGAUAAUAUAGUUUUGAAUAUUAUUUUGCAUUUCUGUCAAGAGAUCCUUUUAAAAAUUACACACUGCACCUUUAAAGGGAGGUUUGGCAGCCGAUCUGUAGUUAAGAUUGUAUACAUUAUACACAGUUAGCUAAGUGUAAUUUUUGAUACACUAUGAUUUGAACUAAGGUAAUCUACUUGUUGUUUAUUUAGCUUGUUAUCAGAAAUAAACUACUCUAAAAGGACUUUGAUGUUGUUGAUUCUUUUCGGAGUUACCGGAAGUUACGUUUGUUCCACGAAAGCCGUUUGUUUGUUGUUACUGCUGAAACCGUCUAUAAAGUAAAAUAUAAGAAAUAAAUCAAAUCCCUUUUAUUAAGACAAUGAAUCAACACUUGCAAUAUCAUAACUUGCCAUUUUAAUUCUUGAAAAUGUAGUUUUUUAUGCUUUUUAUUUGCUUUGCUACCUGCGUUCAUUUUAUAAGCCAUUAUUUUGCUGUCACAAAUUUAAAGUCACACGGAAGUGUUUCUAUCAGAAUUGCAGCAAUAUCUAAUUUGUGUUUUUAUUUUAUAUUUGUAUUAUCCGUAGCAAUCAUAGCUAAACGUCUUAUACCUAAACCUCAGCCUUGUAACCUCUGCUUUACGUUUUUAAUUCCAUGCUUUUGAACGGUACAAUAAGUGCUUUAGCUAAAAUGCUGUCUGUAAAACUUAGAAUGUAACUUGUAUAUUGUUAUGUGUAUGUAGAAUGAUAAUCACGAUUAGCUGUGUUUGUUUUGUUUUUGUUUAAAGCAUCUAAGGUGUACGUACGUUAAGGAUGUUUUUCGGCACUGUACAACUGAAAGCACAACUGUUCAGAUGUGUUGAGGAAACCUGCAAAUGUGAUGUAUUGUUUUAACAUGAAUAUGCUUUAAUUAUGAUUUAUAAUCCAGACAUGGAUGAGAUGCUUAUAAUAUUUUAGAGUCAAGGUAAAUAAUAUAGGCAUUUGAAAAAAAAACUGAGAAAAGAGCUGUGGAACUAAUUCAUGCUUGAAUUGCAGAUAAAGGUUGUAUAGAAAUUGUUGUCUUUUUAACACUUUAUAAUUAAUAUUAUAAUUGUUAUUAUUACUUUUCUGAAAGUUUUCUUUUAUUUGUAAUUGAAUGUUUUACGGUGCCUUUUUGCAUUUUAUUAAACAUUCAUGAAACUUCUGUAUUCAUAACACCACUCUUAUCUUGAACUAUUAUUCAUACUGCAUUUAUGUUUCGAUUAUUGCACAUUCUCUGUUUGGCUGUGAACUUAAAGCGUCUGUCGGUUAAAGCAACAUUUCUUUAUUUUACCCAUAGAUCAAAUUAUUUAUUACACAGAAACUGGCCUUAAUAUACAGUUCAUGCCUGAUAACAUUCUCUGUCAUUCAGAAUAAUUUAUUUCAUCAUUGUGCACAUUACAGAGUUGAUGCUCUGGGAUUGAAAAUGCAAAAUGAAAAUGUAUGAUCAUCAUUAAAUAAAUUAAAGACUUGAAACUUA